AUGGAGAAUCACAACCUUACGGCUAGGACCCACGUUACUGAGUUCAUUAUCACAGGGAUCUCUGACUACCCUGCGCUGAGGGCACCACUCUUCGGAAUAUUCCUCAUCAUAUACUUGGCCACAGUCAUGGGCAAUCUGGGCAUGAUUAUCCUGACCCAUUUGGACACCAACCUACACACCCCUAUGUAUUUUUUCCUUAGACAUUUGUCAAUUACUGACCUUGGCUAUUCUACUGUGAUUGGUCCGAAAAUGAUGGUCAAUUUUGUGGUGGACAAAAAUACUAUCUCCUACAAUUUAUGUGCUACCCAACUAGCAUUCUUUGAGCUUUUCAUCAUUACUGAACUGUUUAUUCUGUCAGCAAUGGCCUAUGAUCGCUAUGUAGCCAUUUGCAAGCCACUUCUGUACAUGGUCAUCAUGACGGAGAAAGUGCGGUGGAUGCUGGUCCUCACUCCAUAUCUUUAUAGCACAUUUGUGGCAUUAUUUCUCACAGUGAAAUUAUUUUCAUUGUCCUUCUGUGGCUCAAACAUCAUCAGACAUUUUUACUGUGAUUGUCUCCCUCUCCUGUCCAUGCUCUGUUCUGACACACACGAAUUAGAACUCAUCAUUUUGAUCUUCUCAGGCUGUAACUUACUCUCCUCCCUCUCAAUUGUGCUACUAUCCUACAUGUUCAUUCUCGUGGCUAUACUCAGAAUAAACUCCAACGAGGGGAAGUACCAAGCCUUCUCCACCUGUAGUUCUCACCUAACAGUGGUGGUUGUGUUCUAUGGGACAUUAUUGUUCAUUUAUCUACAACCCAAAUCCAGCCACACUUUUGAUAUUGACAAAAUGGCAUCUGUAUUUUACACCCUAGUGAUCCCUAUGCUGAACCCACUGAUUUACAGCCUAAGGAACAAAGAAGUAAAAAAUGCUCUUAGAAGAACUUUAAUGAAUCGGAUUAAACUGCUCACAUAG